AUGUAUGUGUUUGGAAAUCUGCUCAUCAUCCUGGCCAUCAUCUCAGACUCCCACCUCCACACACCCACGUACUACCUCCUCUCCAACCUGUCCUUUGUGGACAUCUGUUUCAACUCUGCAAGCAUCCCUAAAACGUUGGUGAACAUCCAGAUUCAGAGCAAAGUUAUUACAUAUGCAGGCUGCAUCUCCCAGAUGUACUUUCUGACACUUUUUGCAGGGUUGGAUGACCUUCUCCUGACUGGGAUGGUAUAUGACCAGUUUGUAGCUAUCUGUCACCUCCUGCACUACAUGGUCAUCAUGAAUUCCCAACUCUGUGUAUUGCUAGUUCUGGUGUCUGGCAUCAUCAGUGCCCUGAAUUCCAUGUUACAUAGUUUAAUGAUAUUGUGGCUGUCAUUCUGUACACACGUAGAAAUCCCCCACUUUUUCAGUGAACUUAAUCAGGUAAUCCACCAUGCGUGUUCUGACACCUUUCUUAAUGACAUGGUGAUAUAUUUUGCAGUAGGGCUGUUGGAGGGUUGUACACUGGCUGGUAUCCUUUACUCUUAUUCUAAGAUAGUUUUCUCCAUUACUGGAAUCUCAUCAGCUCAGGGGAAGUAUAAAGCAUUUUCCACCUGUGCAUCUCACCUCUCAGUAGUCUCCUUAUUUUAUUGUACAAUGCUAGGUGUGUACCUCAGUCCUGCUGCUAUGCAUAACUCACAAUCAAGUGCUGCAGCCUCAGUGAUGUACAUGGUGGUCACACCCAUGCUGAACCCUUUCAUCUACAGUCUGAGGAAUAAUGACAUAAAGUGA